UCGUAGUUGGCGCGAAAAGAAUUAAUGAAAUGAAUGUAAACAUGGUAAACAUUCAGUAAAUUAUUUUAUCAGUGUCUGUAGAUCAACCAGUUUCUAAAUCAAUGGAUCUAAGAAAUUAUUUCAGUGUGAAAUCUUUCAAGAAGUCAAAUGAGGGAGAAGAAACAAGUACUAAAAACGAAAAGGAAGGGCAAGCUGAAAAGGCACUGAAUAAAAAGAGUUCAUCAAGUAGAGAAAAUGGCUCAAAGAGUAAAGCUCCCAAGAACCAAUCUUCGAAGAAAACAACUCCCCAGAAAAAAAAUUCAGGGCCGAAAAAAGACACUGAGAAACAGAAAAAGAAAGUUUAUGUGAUAGACAGUGACUCUGACUCAGAGUUUCAGAAAACCUCUCAGAGAGACAAGCCACCAAGUGCAAAGAAAGAAGUGAGUAAAAGUAAAAAAGCAAAGAAGUCUCAGUUAGAGGACAGCGAUGAUGAAGAAGUCGCAGGAAAAAAUGGCAAGAGGAAACGUCAUCAAGUAAGUAGUGAUGAAGAAGACGUAGCAAUUUCUAAACACAAACGCAAAUCAAAAAGAAAUCUAGACUCAGAUUCUGAAGAGGAAAAGGAAGUUAAAAAAAGGCACAGAAAGGAGAGUGGGAAAAAGUCAAAGUCACACGUGAAUGAUUCAGAUGAGGAAAAACCUAAAAAGUCAACACUGGAUAUAUUUUUGAAAACCCCUAGUCCCAAAAAGCAGAUUAAGGAGAAAGAAGGAAAGUCUGAAACCAAAGCAAAAACUCCUAUUAAUCCGUUGGAUUUCUUAGGAGGCGACUCGGUAAAGCGAUCUGAUAGAACAGUGGCAGCUAAACGCACAAAGGAAGAGUCAGGCAGGUCCCCUGUUGUGUAUGACGUUGAGAUGCACGAAGAUGAUGACUUCCAGAAAACACUUGACAUGGCGGAUGAGAGCAAACCCAAAAAAGUACGGAUGAAAAGUGAUGUCAAGCAAGCAUCUUCGGGUUCAUCAGACAGCAAACCAAGUCUGGCAAGCAAAUUAGCAGCCAAGGUCCAAUCCAGUGAGGAAAUUGAUGUAAUUCCUGAUACACCGCUCUCCAGCAAGAGUCAGUUUACAAAGAUAUCUGAGAAGAAAGACUCCCCAAAGAAAGGAAAGACAGUCUCGCCUAAAAAGACUGUCCCACAGAAGACCUCUCCUGUUAAGUUCACCCCCAAGAAGUCUCCUGGGUUCUCAAGCGAGGCAGCAGCCACACCCACAUCUGAAGUGUCGAAAACUUCCAGUGCAAAAGCAAGUCCUACCAAAGUAUCCCCUGACACUCCUUCCAUGGCUAAGAAAGGUAGCACUUACCGCAGCUACCUGAACAGAGAGGGACCCCGGGCACUUGGAUCCAAAGAAAUUCCUGAGGGUGGAGAAAACUGUUUGGAGUCCCUAACCUUUGUGAUCACUGGCGUGUUAGAAUCUCUGGAGCGGGACGAGGCCAAGAGUUUGAUAGAAAAAUAUGGCGGAAAAGUGACAGGAAGUAUUAGCAAGAAAACCAGCUAUCUAGUUGCAGGGCGAGAUGCAGGAGAAAGCAAAUUAACUAAGGCCCAAAGCUUUGGAACAAAGCAAAUUGAUGAAGAUGGGUUGCUGAACUUGAUACGAACGCUUCCUGGAAAGCGAUCCAAGUAUGAACUAAAAGCAGAGGCGCAGAUUAAAAAGGAAUCGUCUUUCUCUCAGAAAGUAGAGUCAAAACCUCCUGUUAAGUCUUUGAUGAAAGAGUCAUCUGUAACCAGCAUUGGAGACUCUCAGGAGUCGGCAUCUUCAUCCAGCAGACCUUCAGGAGAAGCAAUUAGGGCGGGGGAGAGUAGCCUCAUGUGGGUAGACAAGUACAAGCCCACUCAGCUCAAACAGAUCAUCGGGCAGACUGGAGAGAAGAGCAAUGCCAGGAAGCUUCUCCACUGGCUCACCAACUGGCACAAGAAUCGGGCCGCUGGAACCAAGCCACAAGGUAAAUUCUUUAAUAAGAGUGAUGACGGGUCAGGAUUCCGAGCAGCUUUGCUGUCUGGGCCUCCUGGUAUAGGCAAAACAACAACAGCAACCCUAGUGUGUAAGGAGGCUGGUUUUUCCUAUGUAGAAUUAAAUGCUUCGGACACAAGAUCAAAGAAAAGUUUGAAAGGGGAGGUGGCUGAGUCAUUGGAUAAUAAAACAAUUGUGGAUUUUAUUGGAGGCACAAACAAAAGCACGGAGGGCAAGAAACACUGUCUGCUGAUGGAUGAAGUGGAUGGAAUGGCGGGGAAUGAGGACCGAGGAGGACUCCAGGAGCUGGUUGCCCUCAUCAAGUCCUCACACAUCCCCAUCAUCUGUAUGUGUAACGACCGCAACCACCAGAAGAUGAGGACCCUCUCCAACUACUGCUUCGACCUACGGUUUCAGAGACCUCGAGUCGAACAAAUCAAGGGUGCUAUGAUGUCUGUAGCAUUUAAAGAGGGCUUGAAAAUUCCACCUCCAGCCAUGAAUGAAAUUAUCUUGUCAGCCAACCAAGAUAUUCGACAGGUUUUACAUAAUUUGUCAAUGUGGACUGCUGGAGAAAAGAAUCUGACAUACGAUCAGGCCAAGAAGGAUUCAAAAAAUGCCAAGAAGGAUUUCAAGUUGGGUCCUUUCGAUGUUUGUCGUAAAGUUUUUGUUGGUGGUGAAGAAACAGCUGGGAUGACAAUCAAUGAUAAAUCAGACCUAUACUUCCACGAUUACAACAUAGCGCCUCUGUUUGUCCAAGAAAACUACAUCCAUGUCAUUCCUUUUGCUGCAAAGGGUAACGUGGGUCGUCACUUGUCCUUGCUGGCCCGCGCUGCGGACAGUCUGUGUGACGGGGACCGAGUGGACCGCUCUAUCAGGGAGAGGCAGUCCUGGAACCUACUGCCCUCUGCGGCAAUGUAUGCUAGUGUGAUCCCAGGGGAGUACAUGAGGGGCAGCCUUCCCCAGAUGGUGAGUUUUCCAAGCUGGCUUGGCAAGAACUCGACCACAGGGAAGACAGAUCGAAUUCUCCAGGAACUCAGAACACAUAUGUCAUUAUCAACAUCAGCAAAUAAACUGAGUCUUAACCUUGAUUAUCUCCCAUACCUGAGAAAAUUCCUGACACAACCAUUAGUGGUCAAAGAGAAUGAUGGGAUACCUGAGGUCAUCGAUCUGAUGGACAAGUAUGACAUCAUCAAGGAGGACUUUGACAACAUCCUGGAGGUCACCAAAUGGCCCAACAGUGACGACCCAAUGUCACAGCUCAGCUCCAAGACGAAAGCUGCCUUUACAAGAACCUACAAUAAAGAGGUCCAUAUGACCCCCUAUGCGACGGGAACCCUAACCAAGAAAGGUCGAGGGGGUGGGGCAGCUACAGCUGAGGACUACAGCAUGGAAGGUGAGGAGGAAGGAGAGGGAACAGCUGCUGUCCAGGAGAGUGAUGAAGAGGAGAAAAGCGAUGUAGAACUGGACUCCAUGAUUAAGCAAACUAAAAAACCAAAAGGGAAGGAUAAAGCACCAAAGGAAGUAACAGCAAAGGGAAAAGGAAAAGGAAAGGGGAGAGGAAAAGGGAAAAGUUGACAGCAUAAUAAGACUGAAACAGGAGAGAGAGAGAGAGAGAGAGAGAGAGAGAGAGAGAGAGAGAGAGAGAGAGAGAGAGAGAGUACCACAGAAAAGUUGAAAUGAUUAGAUUAACUUUUGUAGACACUGAAUAUAUAUUAUUUUCCAUAGAGAAUCAAUUGUAAUAAAAGGGUGUGAUCGUUGAGAGUAAGCAGUUAUACUGUUGUGUAUUCCUUAGUGCUUUCAUGUUAUAUACAUGUUGGGGUUAAAAAAAUUACAAUGUCAGUGUUAACAUUGCAAUUUACUGAUUAAAUAUCCUAAAAUAUGAUAA